UGCUUGGGGGGCCCCAGGGCACAGCGGCACAGUUUGGGGGGCCUCUCUCACUCUCUCUCGGCGGCGGGGGACAGCUUGACUGGGGACAUGGCGUCUCUUGGGCCUGCCUGGGUUCUCUGUGUGGGUCUCCUCGCCAUGGCCAGAGCAGAAGCGUCACAGGAACACGACCCGUUCACUUAUGACUACCAGUCUCUGCGGAUCGGAGGCCUCAUUAUCGCAGGGAUUCUCUUCAUCUUGGGCAUCCUCAUUAUCCUGAGCAAGAAGUGCCGGUGCAAGUUCAACCAGCAGCAGAGAACUGGGGAGCCCGAUGAAGAGGAGGGAACUUUCCGCAGCUCCAUUCGCCGUCUGUCCACUCGCAGGCGGUAGAGACACCUGGCGCCGUGGACCUCAGCCAGGAUUCCCCUGGAAUCUGACGCUUUCCAUCCGUCACCUGUGCCCACCGCCACCUCCACGGCCCCCUCCCCAGCCCUGCCCACCCCCCAACCC